UGUGCGCAGCACGACGCGGCGACCGACAAGCGCCUCACAAUUUUAUAACCUUGCCGAAGAAAACCCUGAUUUCACCGACACAUAACUGGUUGCGCGCUAUAAGUGGCUCAAAUAUCACAUUGAUUCAUCAGUGACUUGAUAGUGCUCGGCGGUGAACUUGCUUAUAAUAUAUUGAAAUAUAUUAAGAGAAGGUUGAAUAUUUGUGUAUAAACGUUGACAUGGCAGCAAAAACAACGACGAAACCUCGUGAAAGUUCGCAAAUCAGCAAAGCGUACCUCGUGGCCUACAAUGGUACGCAAAUCGUCGGCUGGACGUAUAUGCUUUUGCAUACGUUGGGUUACUUCUUGAAUCGUGGAACCCUCGAUAACUUCUGGAAGGAGAUCAGCUGGAUCAUGGUGAUUUUUCAAAAUGCUGCAGCGCUAGAAGUUCUACAUGCGGUAUUGGGGAUUGUGCCAACCGGUGUUUUCUUGACACUCACGCAAGUGACAUCUAGAGUAUUCCUUGUGUGCGGCGUGCUACUUGUAUCUGAUGCAGCAACGAUCAGCCCUGGCAUAGUGCUGUGUGUGCUUGCGUGGUCAAUCACGGAAAUAAUCCGAUACGGUUAUUAUGUAGCCAACGCGAUCGGACAACCACCACCGAUGCUGAUGUUAAUGCGAUACUCAACAUUUUUCCUGCUGUAUCCACUUGGAGUUACUGGAGAGAUCCUGUGCAUAUAUGACUCGCUGAAGGACAUCGCUGCCAGACAGUUUUGGACAGUGCCCAUACUGUCAAGCUACGUUACUGUAGCGAGCCAGUACCACAUAAUCUUUAGCAUGUUAUACCAUUACUUCCUUAUUUGUUGGAUGCUGCUGUACAUACCUAUGUUCCCGAUGUUAUUUGGACACAUGAUGCAACAAAGAAAAAAAGUGUUAUCUAAAUUUAUGAAAUCAUAUUGAAAACAAUUGAACUGCCUAGAAAAUAUUGUAAAUAGAUAAUGUUAUAAUUUAUUAUAAGGACUUGAAUUAAUGUUACUUUAGUGUUGAGCGGUUAUUUAGAUAUAUUAUCUACUUAAGCGAGUUAUUGACUACAAAUUUCGUCUUUGAUUUUUAAAUCUUGUCAAAAUUUUAUUAGUCUUUUUUUAUUUUUUUUUGUUCAGUGCAAUAUGAAAUAUGUAAUAGGAUAAAAAGCAGGCCACUUUCUAAGUCACUUUCUUCCUUAUUUUGUAUGGAAACCAUUAAAAUGUAAGCUUUACUUAAUUCCUACUAUUUUAUGUCGCACAUAAAAGUAAUUCCUACUUGUUUGAAGUUUUUUACUUCGUCGUUUAUGCAACACGUUGCUGUUAAUUCAACUUUAAUAAUCAAGAUGUAGAAGAGAAAAUCAAUAAUUUUUCGAUCGAUAUCUCAAAAGAUGUUUUCACUUCGGUUACUGUUAUUCUCGUCUCACGGAUACGUCACGUAUGUCUGCUUACGUCAAUGAGUAAAACUAUUGAUUUUAAAUACUCGAAUUUUAAAACAAGCUUAGGUACUCAUUUUUAAUAUGUGUACCAUAUUGCAAUACCCUGUAAGGUAUCAUGUUGCUAUGUAACUAUUGUACCUAGUGUAAGAUCUGUACACCAACAUGAAAGCAAUAAAAAUUCUAUUCUAUUCUAUUCUCAUUUUAUAUUGUUUUGAAUUUUUGUAUUGUAUUGUUUUGUUCUGAAACAGUCUAACCAUGUAUAAGCAACAUGUAUCAACUCGAACUAUAUUUACAAGUCCGUGUCUCGCACAUGGGCCAAUAAUAGCCGAUUGGCUACUAUGGAAGACAUUUCCUUGGAGAAAAUCAAAUCAUUUUGUAUGUGGACUGUGUACAGUCAACCAAUUGGAACUCUAGGCCACUCUACAACCAUGUCAAAAUGACAAGCAGUAAGAGAUUUCUUGCAAUCUGAUUUAUAACGUCACUAUGACAUAGUUCUAGUGGUCAAGGGUUCCAAUUGAUUGACUGUAGGUGUUGAUGAAAAUUUUAGACACCAGUCUCAUAAAAUUAAAGAAUACCUACCCUUGGCAAUGUUUCCAUGUGUGUGUACUGAAUACUAUUUUGUGUAAAUUGACAUACAAUUUGUAGCUUUACUGAUUUUAUACAAACUUGUAAAAUCUUAAAAGACUGUAAUUCGUUAACUAUGUAGGUAUAUUGCAUUUAAAUUGUUAUGUAAGUUAUGUUGUAAAAUAAGAUUUAAUAAAAAAUUUUUUUUUUAA